AUGAACGUCUUGGACAAGAUUAGGGAAAUAGAGGCUGAGAUGGCAAGAACCCAGAAGAACAAGGCCACAAGCAAUCAUUUAGGGAUUCUGAAGGCAAAGCUGGCCAAGCUGAGAAGAGAGCUAAUAUCUGCACCGAAGUCUGGAUCGUCAGGAGAAGGAGGGUUUGACGUUGGAAAGACAGGGAUAGCAAGAGUCGGUUUUGUGGGAUUUCCGAGUGUUGGAAAGAGCACUCUUAUGUCUAGGCUAACAGGGACCUUCAGUGCGGUUGCUGCAUACGAAUUCACUACACUAACAACAGUUCCUGGAGUGCUGAGCUACAACGGAGCAAAGAUACAGAUCCUCGAUCUUCCGGGAAUAAUUGAGGGGGCAAAGGACGGAAAAGGUAGGGGAAAGCAAGUUUUGGCUGUUGCAAGAACAUGUUCGUUGAUUAUAGUAUGCCUGGAUGUUCUUAAGCCUGUGUCCCAUAAGGCGGUGAUUGAGAGGGAGCUUGAAGGAGUUGGAAUCAGACUCAAUAGGCAGCCUCCAAAAAUUAAGAUAACAAAGAAAGAAAAGGGAGGAGUUUCAUUAAUUGGAGACAGCCUGGAUGCUGCUACGGUAAAAGCUGUUCUUGGGGAGUUCAGAAUGUCAAAUGCAGAAGUUAUAACAAAUGGGCCGUGCACAAUCGAUGAUCUCAUUGAUGUGAUUGAAGGAAAUAGGAAGUAUGUUCCUUGCAUAUAUGUACUGAACAAGAUUGACUCGAUCAGUGUAGAGGAAUUGGAUCUACUUUAUAAGAUCCCCCAUUCUGUCCCAGUGUGUGCAAACUUGGGGUGGAACUUCGACUCACUUCUAUCCAAGAUGUGGGACUAUCUUGAUCUUGUAAGGAUAUACCCAAAGCCAAAAGGGGAGCCUAUCGACUACGAAGAGCCUGUUAUUCUUAAGAGUAGCAAGAGGAGUGUGGCGGACUUCUGCAAUGCAAUACAUAGAGGGAUUCUUGCCAAAUUUAAACAUGCAUUGGUAUGGGGGACCUCGGUCAAACACAAUCCACAAAAGGUUGGGAAGGAGCACAUCCUAAACGAUAGUGAUGUGGUCCAGAUUGUCAAGGGUGUCUGA